AGUACGUGUGUAUUAAUGUAGCGUCGUAACAAAAUAAUCGUGAACAAACGAAAAUGUUAUUGCAAUCAUUUUAUUUCAAUAAAGUUUUUUGGGUUUUAAAGAACAACCCCGUGUUAACUCGCAUUGUAAAUAAAGUUUGUACAAAAACGAACCGGAAAUAAUAUUAAUCAACAGCGUUCGCUGCUGGCUGCACUUUCUGUGAAAAUUAAACAUUUGUUAAAUAAUGUAACACAGUUUGUUAGCAUAUGAGGGAAACAUUUGUAAUUUAUUGUGUACUACUAGCUUUCUUAACAAAUAGUUACCUCAUACCAAACAAACGUUAGCUUUAGCUUACGUCCACCGUUAGCUUAACUGCUACAUAGUUGACGUCUGAAGUGAAAGUACUAUACUAAAAUCCGAAACUGCCAUUGGGACAGGGUGAUAAUGGCAGAUCCUGCACGGAUCAAAACUGAGGGUACACCUGAGAGAGGUGCUGCCGGCCAAGACGAACAGCCUGCAGCUAAUGUGCCUGACGACGUAAGGGUCCCAGCUACGGAAAAGCCUGUAGACGAACCGAAGGAGUCGUCUUCUCAAGACCAGCACAAACAGGACAUUAAGUCUGAAGCGGCAGCAGAGGAUGAGGAUGAAGGAACUUCAGGUCAGCCUCCAUCGAAAAGACUUAAGGUGGAGCCAGAGAAGAAAAAGGAAAAGCGGCACAAGGUUGACGAGGAUGAAAUACAAAAGAUGCAGGUUUUGGUGUCGUCCUUCUCUGAAGACCAGCUGAAUCGCUAUGAAAUGUACAGACGUUCUGCCUUCCCUAAGGCUGCCAUUAAGAGGCUGAUCCAGUCUAUAACAGGAUCGUCAGUGUCCCAGAAUGUUGUGAUUGCAAUGUCUGGUAUCUCCAAAGUUUUUGCUGGGGAAAUAGUUGAGGAAGCAUUGGAUGUUUGUGAGAAGUGGGGAGAUACGCCACCGCUUCAGCCCAAGCACAUGAGGGAGGCUGUGAGGAGGCUGAAGAGUCGCCAUCAGAUUCCCAACACCAAGUACAAGAACAUUCUGUUUCACUGAGGAGUGCAGCCGAGGAUGAAUGACCACACUAGCUCUACAGUAGAAAUAAAAUGCCCUGUGAGACUUUAUGUCAACGGUCAGUCCACUGUAAAAAGAAGUUUUUAAGUACCCGGUGACCAGGAUCUGUACAGAUGAAGAAACUUCGAUCCGCACAUGAUCAAUGACUUUGAAAUGGUGGCGGCACCUGCAAAUGUAAAUACAACAACGCGUUGCACGAUGCAAUCGAGUUCAAAUGUGUGCAGUUGUACUGAUGUAUUUUGGGUGUAAAUACAGUACUCUUUAUACUUGGCAACAGAGCUGACUCUACCCAAUUUGUCGCCCUAGUGAAGAUUUUAUGUGGGCCCCCUCAUGCUUACAAAAGAAAUGGGCAGUUUUUACCAAUUGUCUAUAAUUUGCAGAAUUCCAUGUCCCCAUAUUUACAUGGUUAACAAAUUAUAAAAUACAAUCUGAAACAAUGUGAAUGUUGUUCCCAUAAAAUAACAAUCCUGUAAAUAAGUGAAUAAAUAGCAAUAAAUUAUAAAUACGAACAAUUUAAAAAAACAGCCAGCUUGCCCACAAUAACUCUUAAGCUACAUUUAAACUAUGUUACAAACGUUAUACACAAACAAAACAGCUAUGUACAAAAAUAGCACAGGGAGACUUAUUUGGAGUAAUAUUAAUUGUGCAUUGCUUUACAUUUGAGUCAGUGUGACAUUUUCCACAUGAAGACUUAAGUUUUAAUAUAUUUUGAGGGAGAAUUUUUUUUUUUUUUUUGGCAGCCCCUGGAGGCCACACCACCCUUAGCAUUUGCCUAUAUUGUGUAAUGGGCCAGCCAGCUCUGCUUGGAAAACAGUUUUGUUUUUAUACUGAAGCAGAUCAUUUUAGAAAAUAAAAUACAAUAUCCAUCAGAA